AUGAACGACCCAAAGCACCUCAUUCAUUAUAGCAGGGACAGCUGUCAGCCAAGAGACUGGGAGCAGGACUGGGACUGGGACCUGCCCACGGCUUCCAGCUUCAAAGAGGAGGAAUCAGAGGAUCAGUGGAAUUUCUCAGAGAGGGAAGAAAAAGCUGUUUAUUACAAGUUUCUUUCCUUUACAGAGAGUGGAGAAAUAGAAACAGCUGUAGGCAGGGAGCGUGGAGAAGACACACAGCUUACAGAAACCCACAGACCCCCAUUCCUCCACGUCCCCCAGCAUGAAGAGCCUGACCAGCAGCAAACCCAGGGUCUAGUCGCUGCUGCUGCCUCCGCUGAAGCCAGAACUUCAGUUAUUUUUGGUUCUGGACACCAGUUGAGACCGGCUGAGCCUCCAGGAGAUGCUGAUGCUGAUGUGGAUGCAGAGGAUGAAGAUUCUGUUAAUGAAGUAGCAGUAGAAGACAUCCGUCCAAGGCCACAAGGAUCCUCUCCAGUUUAUGAAUAUUCCAUAGAGGACGACUAUUUAAAGCUUCAAGAAGAAAAUAAAAAAUAUUCUACAGGCAAAUCAAAACAGAGUAAUCCACAGGAGACAAUGGAAGUGACCCUGAAAACAGAAGUGGAAGCCGGUGCUAGUGGUUUUAGUGUGAUGGGUGGAGGAAAUGAAGGAAUAUUUAUUAAAAAAGUACUUAAAGAGUCUCCUGCUUCAAAAAUAUUUAGUCUGAGAGAAGGUGAUCAGCUUCUAAGUGCUACAAUAUUUUUUGAUAAUAUCAAAUAUGAAGAUGCACUCAAGAUUCUCCAAUAUUCCGAGCCAUACAGAGUCCAGUUCAGCCUCAAAAGAAAAAUUGCUAGUAAAGAAGAGCCAGAAGACAUUCAAUCUGCAGCCCAGUACAAAAGGGAAAGAAUAAGCCAGGAAAGAGAACUCAGUGAGAGAAUUCCUGAGGAAACACUGCAUAUUGCAGGAAAAGCCAUUUCAGAAGAGGACAGGGAAACAUUAAUUGUAAGCCAAAGGGUAGGAAGAAGCAAGAGACCUAAAAAAGACAGAUUAUCAUGGCCAAAGUUCCAGUCAAUUAAAAAUAAAAAGAUCCUGGGUCACAGAAGAUCUCAUAGUACAUCUGAUGCAUAUGAAUCUGCUAUGCAGGAUAUUUCCCCUACAAGCACAGACACAGAGUCACAAUUUCAACAAGAGGUCCAUAUCAAAGGAAAGAAGAGAAGCCAUAAGAAACUGAAGUUCCCUAACAUUGGAUUCAAAAUGCACAGAUCCAAACCAGAACCACAAGACAAGCAAAAAAAAGAAAUAAAAACUACACUGUUAUCUGAAAAAGAAAAAAUAGACAAAGAAGAUAUCAGCCUGGAAAAUCCUGAAAUCCUAACUGUUGAAUACACCAUAUCUCCUGCUUAUGAAAUUACAACAGGAGAGACACAUGAAACCUUAACAAAAGACAUCAAAGAUAUGAAAAAUGUCAUUAUAUCUCAUGCCAAAAAAUGCCCUGAAGUUGAAAUAAGCAUUAAAACAGACAAGGAACCAACAUCAAAAUUUACCUUAUCUGAAGAGCCAGCUAUAAAAACACAGAUACCAAAGCCCAGUUUAGAAACAGCUGAACUGAAAGACAGUCCAACUAAACAAACGUUGCCAGGUUCAUCAAAAUCCCGAAAAAAGAAACAGAAAGGGACAGAAGGAGGAAGUGGUAUUAACAUACACGUGAUGGGUCACACAUCACAAGAACCUAUAGAACAAAGAGAUUUAGAAAUAGGUACUGCUAAAGCAGAAUUACACACAACAUCUGACACACUGGAAAAAGGAAAGAAACAAGCAGGUGACACACAAAUACUAACAAUUCAAAAACCAAAAUUCGGAAUUUCAAUGUCCAAGAAAAAGGAGUACGAGGCUGAAAACGCCAAACCAGAAAGUGAUGUUCCCCAUUCAGCACCGGAAAAAACUGCUGAUACAAGUUCAGAGAAUGGCAAAGAUUUGAAUGUGAAACCUCAAAUGCCUGCUGCACAAACAGAAAUAUCUACUUGGAAAAUACAAAUGCCAUCACUCAAACCACACAAAGCUGACACAAAAUUACAAACUGAAGAAAGUACAGCUGGAUUGCUAGAGACUGUAAAAAAGGGACAUACAGAAGAUGGCAUAAUCACAAGGGAUGAAAAGUUCACAGCAGUGAAGACAGGGGAAAAAGAUAUAGAGGGAAAAGAAAGCAAAUUCAGACUGCCAAAGUUUAAAUUACCCACAUUUACCUGGGCUAAGGAUGGGACAGGACAUAUUGAGGGUCAGAAAAGUGAUAAGGAAGGAACAACGCAAUGCACAGAAGAAGACACAAAACCAGACAGGACUAUACCAAUAGAAGAAGUGAAGAUUACGGGAACUGAAACGGAAGUAAGGAUCUCCAAACAAAAAAUAAAUGAAAAAGAUCUCAAAAAAAGCACAGUAGAACAGACACCAAGUCAAAAAAACUUGAAUGAAAAACCUAUUUCAUCACAUAGUAAUUUAGAAGAGAUGGAAGAAAGAAUAUUAAUCACAAAACCAGAUAUUAAAAUAAAAACAGGAAAAAUCAGUAUGGAACCAGGGGAUUCAGAACAAUCACAAAAUAUAGAAGUAAGCAUAAAAGAUCCCAAGGUGGAAAUCACCACGCAUGCCCCUGAGAACAGUGUAAUCCUUGAAGAAGAGCCAAUGAUAAUGGAGAAGGAACAGGGUAAGACCAAGGACGGCAAGUUCAAGAUGCCCAAGUUCGGCAUGCCUUCCUUCGGCUGGUCCAGCAGCAGAGAGGCCAAGGGCUCUGCCGAUGCGGACGUCAGCCUCAAGGAGCCCCAGGUGACGGUGGCCUCGGGAAGCGCCGAAGUCGACGUGACCCUGCCCGGGGCCGAGAUCCAAGCGCCCAGCGUGGAGGUGACCGUUGAGACGGCCGCCGGAGCAGACGGAGAGAAAGGCCGAUUCAAGAUGCCCAGCGUCAAGCUGCCCAAAGUCAAAGCUCCCCACGUGCAGGUCAGCCUGCCAAAGGCCGAGGGCUCGGCGCCCAAGGCCCAGGCCGAAGUCCAGGAAGGGGAAGUCGCCCUGCAGGCGCCCGACGUCGAAGGCGGCCUGGAGGUGGCUGCCGGCAAAGUUGAGGGCGGCGGCGGCGGCAUGAAGCUACACAUGCCGAAAGUCAAGGUGCCCAGCGUGGUCUUCUCCAAACCCACCGUCAAGGCUCCCAAACUGGACGCAGACGUCAGCCUGCCCAAAGUCGACGCCAGCCUCCCAGAGGCAGACCUCAAGGCCGGGACCGGCGACAUCGGCAUCACGGCCCCCGACGUCAAGCUGCCCUCCGUCGAAGCCUCCCUCGAACUCCAGGCACCAGAGACAGACCUCAAAGCCGCCUCUGCAGAAGCCUCACUCGACGGGGCCAAGCUGGAAGCCACAGGCCUGAAAGGGAAGCUUAAGAUGCCCAAGUUCGACAAGCCCAAAUUCGGAGUGUCGCUCCCCAAGGCGGAAGGGCCAGAAGGCGAGGGCAGCCUGCCCACCGUAGAGGUCGACCUCCCCUCUGCCACCGUGACGGCCGCAGGCGAGGGCCCCGCCCUGGGCCUCAAAGCCGACGGGGACGGCUGGAAGCUCGAGAAGCCGUCCCUCAAAAUGCCCAAAGCUGACAUCAAAGCUCCCAAGGUGGACAUCAGCCUCCCAUCCGUCGACGUCAGCCUUCCGAAGGCCAGCGUCGACCUGCAGGCCCCCGAGGCGACCCUCAGCCUGGAAGGGGAAGCAAAGACCCCGGAGAAGGAACCGGGCAAGACCAAGGACGGCAAGUUCAAGAUGCCCAAGUUCGGCAUGCCUUCCUUCGGCUGGUCCAGCAGCAGAGAGGCCAAGGGCUCUGCCGAUGCGGACGUCAGCCUCAAGGAGCCCCAGGUGACGGUGGCCUCGGGAAGCGCCGAAGUCGACGUGACCCUGCCCGGGGCCGAGAUCCAAGCGCCCGGCGUGGAGGUGACCGUUGAGACGGCCGCCGGAGCAGACGGAGAGAAAGGCCGAUUCAAGAUGCCCAGCGUCAAGCUGCCCAAAGUCAAAGCUCCCCACGUGCAGGUCAGCCUGCCAAAGGCCGAGGGCUCGGCGCCCAAGGCCCAGGCCGAAGUCCAGGAAGGGGAAGUCGCCCUGCAGGCGCCCGACGUCGAAGGCGGCCUGGAGGUGGCUGCCGGCAAAGUUGAGGGCGGCGGCGGCGGCAUGAAGCUACACAUGCCGAAAGUCAAGGUGCCCAGCGUGGUCUUCUCCAAACCCACCGUCAAGGCUCCCAAACUGGACGCAGACGUCAGCCUGCCCAAAGUCGACGCCAGCCUCCCAGAGGCAGACCUCAAGGCCGGGACCGGCGACAUCGGCAUCACGGCCCCCGACGUCAAGCUGCCCUCCGUCGAAGCCUCCCUCGAACUCCAGGCACCAGAGACAGACCUCAAAGCCGCCUCUGCAGAAGCCUCACUCGACGGGGCCAAGCUGGAAGCCACAGGCCUGAAAGGGAAGCUUAAGAUGCCCAAGUUCGACAAGCCCAAAUUCGGAGUGUCGCUCCCCAAGGCGGAAGGGCCAGAAGGCGAGGGCAGCCUGCCCACCGUAGAGGUCGACCUCCCCUCUGCCACCGUGACGGCCGCAGGCGAGGGCCCCGCCCUGGGCCUCAAAGCCGACGGGGACGGCUGGAAGCUCGAGAAGCCGUCCCUCAAAAUGCCCAAAGCUGACAUCAAAGCUCCCAAGGUGGACAUCAGCCUCCCAUCCGUCGACGUCAGCCUUCCGAAGGCCAGCGUCGACCUGCAGGCCCCCGAGGCGACCCUCAGCCUGGAAGGGGAAGCAAAGACCCCGGAGAAGGAACCGGGCAAGACCAAGGACGGCAAGUUCAAGAUGCCCAAGUUCGGCAUGCCUUCCUUCGGCUGGUCCAGCAGCAGAGAGGCCAAGGGCUCUGCCGCCGCCGAUGCGGACGUCAGCCUCAAGGAACCCCAGGUGACGGUGGCCUCGGGAAGCGCCGAAGUCGACGUGACCCUGCCCGGGGCCGAGAUCCAAGCGCCCGGCGUGGAGGUGACCGUUGAGACGGCCGCCGGAGCAGACGGAGAGAAAGGCCGAUUCAAGAUGCCCAGCGUCAAGCUGCCCAAAGUCAAAGCUCCCCACGUGCAGGUCAGCCUGCCAAAGGCCGAGGGCUCGGCGCCCAAGGCCCAGGCCGAAGUCCAGGAAGGGGAAGACGCCCUGCAGGCGCCCGACGUCGAAGGCGGCCUGGAGGUGGCUGCCGGCAAAGUUGAGGGCGGCGGCAUGAAGCUACACAUGCCGAAAGUCAAGGUGCCCAGCGUGGUCUUCUCCAAACCCACCGUCAAGGCUCCCAAACUGGACGCAGACGUCAGCCUGCCCAAAGUCGACGCCAGCCUCCCAGAGGCCGACCUCAAGGCCGGGACCGGCGACAUCGGCAUCACGGCCCCCGACGUCAAGCUGCCCUCCGUCGAAGCCUCCCUCGAACUCCAGGCACCAGAGACAGACCUCAAAGCCGCCUCUGCAGAAGCCUCACUCGACGGGGCCAAGCUGGAAGCCACAGGCCUGAAAGGGAAGCUUAAGAUGCCCAAGUUCGACAAGCCCAAAUUCGGAGUGUCGCUCCCCAAGGCGGAAGGGCCAGAAGGCGAGGGCAGCCUGCCCACCGUAGAGGUCGACCUCCCCUCUGCCACCGUGACGGCCGCAGGCGAGAGCCCCGCCCUGGGCCUCAAAGCCGACGGGGACGGCUGGAAGCUCGAGAAGCCGUCCCUCAAAAUGCCCAAAGCUGACAUCAAAGCUCCCAAGGUGGACAUCAGCCUCCCAUCCGUCGACGUCAGCCUUCCGAAGGCCAGCGUCGACCUGCAGGCCCCCGAGGCGACCCUCAGCCUGGAAGGGGAAGCAAAGACCCUGGAGAAAGAACCUGGCAAGACCAAGGACGGCAAGUUCAAGAUGCCCAAGUUCGGCAUGCCUUCCUUCGGCUGGUCCAGCAGCAGAGAGGCCAAGGGCUCUGCCGCCGCCGAUGCGGACAUCAGCCUCAAGGAACCCCAGGUGACGGUGGCCUCGGGAAGCGCCGAAGUCGACGUGACCCUGCCCGGGGCCGAGAUCCAAGCGCCCGGCGUGGAGGUGACCGUUGAGACGGCUGCCGGAGCAGACGGAGAGAAAGGCCGAUUCAAGAUGCCCAGCGUCAAGCUGCCCAAAGUCAAAGCUCCCCACAUGCAGGUCAGCCUGCCAAAGGCCGAGGGCUCGGCGCCGAAGGCCCAGGCCGAAGUCCAGGAAGGGGAAGUCGCCCUGCAGGCGCCCGACGUCGAAGGCGGCCUGGAGGUGGCUGCCGGCAAAGUUGAGGGCGGCGGCGGCGGCAUGAAGCUACACAUGCCGAAAGUCAAGGUGCCCAGCGUGGUCUUCUCCAAACCCACCGUCAAGGCUCCCAAACUGGACGCAGACGUCAGCCUGCCCAAAGUCGACGCCAGCCUCCCAGAGGCAGACCUCAAGGCCGGGACCGGCGACAUCGGCAUCACGGCCCCCGACGUCAAGCUGCCCUCCGUCGAAGCCUCCCUCGAACUCCAGGCACCAGAGACAGACCUCAAAGCCGCCUCUGCAGAAGCCUCACUCGACGGGGCCAAGCUGGAAGCCACAGGCCUGAAAGGGAAGCUUAAGAUGCCCAAGUUCGACAAGCCCAAAUUCGGAGUGUCGCUCCCCAAGGCGGAAGGGCCAGAAGGCGAGGGCAGCCUGCCCACCGUAGAGGUCGACCUCCCCUCUGCCACCGUGACGGCCGCAGGCGAGGGCCCCGCCCUGGGCCUCAAAGCCGACGGGGACGGCUGGAAGCUCGAGAAGCCGUCCCUCAAAAUGCCCAAAGCUGACAUCAAAGCUCCCAAGGUGGACAUCAGCCUCCCAUCCGUCGACGUCAGCCUUCCGAAGGCCAGCGUCGACCUGCAGGCCCCCGAGGCGACCCUCAGCCUGGAAGGGGAAGCAAAGACCCCGGAGAAGGAACCGGGCAAGACCAAGGACGGCAAGUUCAAGAUGCCCAAGUUCGGCAUGCCUUCCUUCGGCUGGUCCAGCAGCAGAGAGGCCAAGGGCUCUGCCGAUGCGGACGUCAGCCUCAAGGAGCCCCAGGUGACGGUGGCCUCGGGAAGCGCCGAAGUCGACGUGACCCUGCCCGGGGCCGAGAUCCAAGCGCCCGGCGUGGAGGUGACCGUUGAGACGGCCGCCGGAGCAGACGGAGAGAAAGGCCGAUUCAAGAUGCCCAGCGUCAAGCUGCCCAAAGUCAAAGCUCCCCACGUGCAGGUCAGCCUGCCAAAGGCCGAGGGCUCGGCGCCCAAGGCCCAGGCCGAAGUCCAGGAAGGGGAAGUCGCCCUGCAGGCGCCCGACGUCGAAGGCGGCCUGGAGGUGGCUGCCGGCAAAGUUGAGGGCGGCGGCGGCGGCAUGAAGCUACACAUGCCGAAAGUCAAGGUGCCCAGCGUGGUCUUCUCCAAACCCACCGUCAAGGCUCCCAAACUGGACGCAGACGUCAGCCUGCCCAAAGUCGACGCCAGCCUCCCAGAGGCAGACCUCAAGGCCGGGACCGGCGACAUCGGCAUCACGGCCCCCGACGUCAAGCUGCCCUCCGUCGAAGCCUCCCUCGAACUCCAGGCACCAGAGACAGACCUCAAAGCCGCCUCUGCAGAAGCCUCACUCGACGGGGCCAAGCUGGAAGCCACAGGCCUGAAAGGGAAGCUUAAGAUGCCCAAGUUCGACAAGCCCAAAUUCGGAGUGUCGCUCCCCAAGGCGGAAGGGCCAGAAGGCGAGGGCAGCCUGCCCACCGUAGAGGUCGACCUCCCCUCUGCCACCGUGACGGCCGCAGGCGAGGGCCCCGCCCUGGGCCUCAAAGCCGACGGGGACGGCUGGAAGCUCGAGAAGCCGUCCCUCAAAAUGCCCAAAGCUGACAUCAAAGCUCCCAAGGUGGACAUCAGCCUCCCAUCCGUCGACGUCAGCCUUCCGAAGGCCAGCGUCGACCUGCAGGCCCCCGAGGCGACCCUCAGCCUGGAAGGGGAAGCAAAGACCCCGGAGAAGGAACCGGGCAAGACCAAGGACGGCAAGUUCAAGAUGCCCAAGUUCGGCAUGCCUUCCUUCGGCUGGUCCAGCAGCAGAGAGGCCAAGGGCUCUGCCGCCGCCGAUGCGGACUUCAGCCUCAAGGAACCCCAGGUGACGGUGGCCUCGGGAAGCGCCGAAGUCGACGUGACCCUGCCCGGGGCCGAGAUCCAAGCGCCCGGCGUGGAGGUGACCGUUGAGACGGCCGCCGGAGCAGACGGAGAGAAAGGCCGAUUCAAGAUGCCCAGCGUCAAGCUGCCCAAAGUCAAAGCUCCCCACGUGCAGGUCAGCCUGCCAAAGGCCGAGGGCUCGGCGCCCAAGGCCCAGGCCGAAGUCCAGGAAGGGGAAGUCGCCCUGCAGGCGCCCGACGUCGAAGGCGGCCUGGAGGUGGCUGCCGGCAAAGUUGAGGGCGGCGGCGGCGGCAUGAAGCUACACAUGCCGAAAGUCAAGGUGCCCAGCGUGGUCUUCUCCAAACCCACCGUCAAGGCUCCCAAACUGGACGCAGACGUCAGCCUGCCCAAAGUCGACGCCAGCCUCCCAGAGGCAGACCUCAAGGCCGGGACCGGCGACAUCGGCAUCACGGCCCCCGACGUCAAGCUGCCCUCCGUCGAAGCCUCCCUCGAACUCCAGGCACCAGAGACAGACCUCAAAGCCGCCUCUGCAGAAGCCUCACUCGACGGGGCCAAGCUGGAAGCCACAGGCCUGAAAGGGAAGCUUAAGAUGCCCAAGUUCGACAAGCCCAAAUUCGGAGUGUCGCUCCCCAAGGCGGAAGGGCCAGAAGGCGAGGGCAGCCUGCCCACCGUAGAGGUCGACCUCCCCUCUGCCACCGUGACGGCCGCAGGCGAGGGCCCCGCCCUGGGCCUCAAAGCCGACGGGGACGGCUGGAAGCUCGAGAAGCCGUCCCUCAAAAUGCCCAAAGCUGACAUCAAAGCUCCCAAGGUGGACAUCAGCCUCCCAUCCGUCGACGUCAGCCUUCCGAAGGCCAGCGUCGACCUGCAGGCCCCCGAGGCGACCCUCAGCCUGGAAGGGGAAGCAAAGACCCCGGAGAAGGAACCGGGCAAGACCAAGGACGGCAAGUUCAAGAUGCCCAAGUUCGGCAUGCCUUCCUUCGGCUGGUCCAGCAGCAGAGAGGCCAAGGGCUCUGCCGAUGCGGACGUCAGCCUCAAGGAGCCCCAGGUGACGGUGGCCUCGGGAAGCGCCGAAGUCGACGUGACCCUGCCCGGGGCCGAGAUCCAAGCGCCCGGCGUGGAGGUGACCGUUGAGACGGCCGCCGGAGCAGACGGAGAGAAAGGCCGAUUCAAGAUGCCCAGCGUCAAGCUGCCCAAAGUCAAAGCUCCCCACGUGCAGGUCAGCCUGCCAAAGGCCGAGGGCUCGGCGCCCAAGGCCCAGGCCGAAGUCCAGGAAGGGGAAGUCGCCCUGCAGGCGCCCGACGUCGAAGGCGGCCUGGAGGUGGCUGCCGGCAAAGUUGAGGGCGGCGGCGGCGGCAUGAAGCUACACAUGCCGAAAGUCAAGGUGCCCAGCGUGGUCUUCUCCAAACCCACCGUCAAGGCUCCCAAACUGGACGCAGACGUCAGCCUGCCCAAAGUCGACGCCAGCCUCCCAGAGGCAGACCUCAAGGCCGGGACCGGCGACAUCGGCAUCACGGCCCCCGACGUCAAGCUGCCCUCCGUCGAAGCCUCCCUCGAACUCCAGGCACCAGAGACAGACCUCAAAGCCGCCUCUGCAGAAGCCUCACUCGACGGGGCCAAGCUGGAAGCCACAGGCCUGAAAGGGAAGCUUAAGAUGCCCAAGUUCGACAAGCCCAAAUUCGGAGUGUCGCUCCCCAAGGCGGAAGGGCCAGAAGGCGAGGGCAGCCUGCCCACCGUAGAGGUCGACCUCCCCUCUGCCACCGUGACGGCCGCAGGCGAGGGCCCCGCCCUGGGCCUCAAAGCCGACGGGGACGGCUGGAAGCUCGAGAAGCCGUCCCUCAAAAUGCCCAAAGCUGACAUCAAAGCUCCCAAGGUGGACAUCAGCCUCCCAUCCGUCGACGUCAGCCUUCCGAAGGCCAGCGUCGACCUGCAGGCCCCCGAGGCGACCCUCAGCCUGGAAGGGGAAGCAAAGACCCCGGAGAAGGAACCGGGCAAGACCAAGGACGGCAAGUUCAAGAUGCCCAAGUUCGGCAUGCCUUCCUUCGGCUGGUCCAGCAGCAGAGAGGCCAAGGGCUCUGCCGAUGCGGACGUCAGCCUCAAGGAGCCCCAGGUGACGGUGGCCUCGGGAAGCGCCGAAGUCGACGUGACCCUGCCCGGGGCCGAGAUCCAAGCGCCCGGCGUGGAGGUGACCGUUGAGACGGCCGCCGGAGCAGACGGAGAGAAAGGCCGAUUCAAGAUGCCCAGCGUCAAGCUGCCCAAAGUCAAAGCUCCCCACGUGCAGGUCAGCCUGCCAAAGGCCGAGGGCUCGGCGCCGAAGGCCCAGGCCGAAGUCCAGGAAGGGGAAGUCGCCCUGCAGGCGCCCGACGUCGAAGGCGGCCUGGAGGUGGCUGCCGGCAAAGUUGAGGGCGGCGGCGGCGGCAUGAAGCUACACAUGCCGAAAGUCAAGGUGCCCAGCGUGGUCUUCUCCAAACCCACCGUCAAGGCUCCCAAACUGGACGCAGACGUCAGCCUGCCCAAAGUCGACGCCAGCCUCCCAGAGGCAGACCUCAAGGCCGGGACCGGCGACAUCGGCAUCACGGCCCCCGACGUCAAGCUGCCCUCCGUCGAAGCCUCCCUCGAACUCCAGGCACCAGAGACAGACCUCAAAGCCGCCUCUGCAGAAGCCUCAUUCGACGGGGCCAAGCUGGAAGCCACAGGCCUGAAAGGGAAGCUUAAGAUGCCCAAGUUCGACAAGCCCAAAUUCGGAGUGUCGCUCCCCAAGGCGGAAGGGCCAGAAGGCGAGGGCAGCCUGCCCACCGUAGAGGUCGACCUCCCCUCUGCCACCGUGACGGCCGCAGGCGAGGGCCCCGCCCUGGGCCUCAAAGCCGACGGGGACGGCUGGAAGCUCGAGAAGCCGUCCCUCAAAAUGCCCAAAGCUGACAUCAAAGCUCCCAAGGUGGACAUCAGCCUCCCAUCCGUCGACGUCAGCCUUCCGAAGGCCAGCGUCGACCUGCAGGCCCCCGAGGCGACCCUCAGCCUGGAAGGGGAAGCAAAGACCCCGGAGAAGGAACCGGGCAAGACCAAGGACGGCAAGUUCAAGAUGCCCAAGUUCGGCAUGCCUUCCUUCGGCUGGUCCAGCAGCAGAGAGGCCAAGGGCUCUGCCGCCGCCGAUGCGGACGUCAGCCUCAAGGAACCCCAGGUGACGGUGGCCUCGGGAAGCGCCGAAGUCGACGUGACCCUGCCCGGGGCCGAGAUCCAAGCGCCCGGCGUGGAGGUGACCGUUGAGACGGCCGCCGGAGCAGACGGUGAGAAAGGCCGAUUCAAGAUGCCCAGCGUCAAGCUGCCCAAAGUCAAAGCUCCCCACGUGCAGGUCAGCCUGCCAAAGGCCGAGGGCUCGGCGCCCAAGGCCCAGGCCGAAGUCCAGGAAGGGGAAGUCGCCCUGCAGGCGCCCGACGUCGAAGGCGGCCUGGAGGUGGCUGCCGGCAAAGUUGAGGGCGGCGGCAUGAAGCUACACAUGCCGAAAGUCAAGGUGCCCAGCGUGGUCUUCUCCAAACCCACCGUCAAGGCUCCCAAACUGGACGCAGACGUCAGCCUGCCCAAAGUCGACGCCAGCCUCCCAGAGGCAGACCUCAAGGCCGGGACCGGCGACAUCGGCAUCACGGCCCCCGACGUCAAGCUGCCCUCCGUCGAAGCCUCCCUCGAACUCCAGGCACCAGAGACAGACCUCAAAGCCGCCUCUGCAGAAGCCUCACUCGACGGGGCCAAGCUGGAAGCCACAGGCCUGAAAGGGAAGCUUAAGAUGCCCAAGUUCGACAAGCCCAAAUUCGGAGUGUCGCUCCCCAAGGCGGAAGGGCCAGAAGGCGAGGGCAGCCUGCCCACCGUAGAGGUCGACCUCCCCUCUGCCACCGUGACGGCCGCAGGCGAGGGCCCCGCCCUGGGCCUCAAAGCCGACGGGGACGGCUGGAAGCUCGAGAAGCCGUCCCUCAAAAUGCCCAAAGCUGACAUCAAAGCUCCCAAGGUGGACAUCAGCCUCCCAUCCGUCGACGUCAGCCUUCCGAAGGCCAGCGUCGACCUGCAGGCCCCCGAGGCGACCCUCAGCCUGGAAGGGGAAGCAAAGACCCCGGAGAAGGAACCGGGCAAGACCAAGGACGGCAAGUUCAAGAUGCCCAAGUUCGGCAUGCCUUCCUUCGGCUGGUCCAGCAGCAGAGAGGCCAAGGGCUCUGCCGAUGCGGACGUCAGCCUCAAGGAGCCCCAGGUGACGGUGGCCUCGGGAAGCGCCGAAGUCGACGUGACCCUGCCCGGGGCCGAGAUCCAAGCGCCCGGCGUGGAGGUGACCGUUGAGACGGCCGCCGGAGCAGACGGAGAGAAAGGCCGAUUCAAGAUGCCCAGCGUCAAGCUGCCCAAAGUCAAAGCUCCCCACGUGCAGGUCAGCCUGCCAAAGGCCGAGGGCUCGGCGCCCAAGGCCCAGGCCGAAGUCCAGGAAGGGGAAGUCGCCCUGCAGGCGCCCGACGUCGAAGGCGGCCUGGAGGUGGCUGCCGGCAAAGUUGAGGGCGGCGGCAUGAAGCUACACAUGCCGAAAGUCAAGGUGCCCAGCGUGGUCUUCUCCAAACCCACCGUCAAGGCUCCCAAACUGGACGCAGACGUCAGCCUGCCCAAAGUCGACGCCAGCCUCCCAGAGGCAGACCUCAAGGCCGGGACCGGCGACAUCGGCAUCACGGCCCCCGACGUCAAGCUGCCCUCCGUCGAAGCCUCCCUCGAACUCCAGGCACCAGAGACAGACCUCAAAGCCGCCUCUGCAGAAGCCUCACUCGACGGGGCCAAGCUGGAAGCCACAGGCCUGAAAGGGAAGCUUAAGAUGCCCAAGUUCGACAAGCCCAAAUUCGGAGUGUCGCUCCCCAAGGCGGAAGGGCCAGAAGGCGAGGGCAGCCUGCCCACCGUAGAGGUCGACCUCCCCUCUGCCACCGUGACGGCCACAGGCGAGGGCCCCGCCCUGGGCCUCAAAGCCGACGGGGACGGCUGGAAGCUCGAGAAGCCGUCCCUCAAAAUGCCCAAAGCUGACAUCAAAGCUCCCAAGGUGGACAUCAGCCUCCCAUCCGUCGACGUCAGCCUUCCGAAGGCCAGCGUCGACCUGCAGGCCCCCGAGGCGACCCUCAGCCUGGAAGGGGAAGCAAAGACCCCGGAGAAGGAACCGGGCAAGACCAAGGACGGCAAGUUCAAGAUGCCCAAGUUCGGCAUGCCUUCCUUCGGCUGGUCCAGCAGCAGAGAGGCCAAGGGCUCUGCCGAUGCGGACGUCAGCCUCAAGGAGCCCCAGGUGACGGUGGCCUCGGGAAGCGCCGAAGUCGACGUGACCCUGCCCGGGGCCGAGAUCCAUUCACCUGCUUUUGAAUUUGCGGCACAUUCAUCCACUGAAAAAGGUUGUGAUAUAGCUAAAGGUAAUGUAUCUUACUUUAGAAUGCCUAAGGUUUCCUUUUCUCAAACUUCUAAGCCAGAUUUACCUGAUUUUUCAUUGUCAGAAACACACUGCUAUCUUGUAACGGAGGAAACUCCUUCCAUUCUUUCAGGCAGUGUUAUCCCUGAUACUAAAGGAGAUCAUAUCUCUAAAAGUAUGGAAUUCAGAAUUCCUAGCUUGGGUUUCUCCAAAAGUGCCUUUGGUUCCUCUAAAAUUGCACAGGAUUCCCCAUUGUCUAACGUGGAUAUUACUCUUACUAAAUAUCAAAUUAAUCUAGAAGAAUCUGAAUCAAAAAUAUUGUCUCUUUCUGAUGCGAAUCUUUCCAUAACAGAUGCUGCAAUUUUAAAGCAUCAUGAUUCUUUGGACCAAGAUAAUCUGAAGCUGGAAGGGAAAACAUCCAUUUCUGAAACAUGUCUCAGUGACUCAGAGGUUACAGUUAAAAUCCCUAAAUUCCGAAAACCAAAAUUUGGCUUUUCUUGGUCUAAGGGAAAACAAUCAGAAAGUGAUGUUGUUUGCCAAUUGGAGAGGGAAGUUUACAAGGGAAAGGUAACAUCUGAUAUGACUUAUAAACCAACUCAAAUCUCUGAUGCCAAAUUUGAUGUAACGAUUCAGAAGCCUUCAACUGAAGUUUUUUCAGAUGCAUCAAAGUUGGAUGUUAGUCUCCCAUCAAUGGAAGUUGUGAUGCCAAAAUUAGAAUUGGGAAGCUGUGACCCAGAGUGCAAGGCAGAACAGGAAGUAGUCUCAGGAGAGAUGCAUACUGAGGAGAAGGAAAACAAAUUUAAAACAUCAAAAUUCAAAUUACCUUCAUUAAGUUGGUCACCAAAGAAAGCAGCUAUUGCUCUGCCUGAAGCUGAAGUACAUAUUGAAGAACCCACUGUGUCUAGUUUAUCUGAAUACAGAGAAGCAGAAUUAACAAGUGCUGAAAAAACAUCAAGUGAAAUUCCUCUGGGUGAUGUAGAAAUAAAAAUUGAAGGUCCUGAAGGGAAAACAAAAAUGUCUAAAUUCCAAAUGCCAAAGUUUGGAAUUACACAUUUUAAAGGGAAAGGGUCAGAAAAGGAGGUCAGACAAUCCAAAUCAGAAGUCAAGUUUCCCCAGCUAAAAGCAAUGGUAGAUAUAGCUGACAUUGCUGUUGAGGCACCAAAUUUGGAGGUGGAAUGUGGUGCAAGAACAGAAACUGACAGCUCUAAAGUCAAAAUGACCAAAGCUGAUGAAAUAGCACCAGAGCCCGAUGUACACAUCCCAUCAGAUGAUAUUUCUAUUCUAAAACCAGACAGUGAUAUUCAGGAUUCAGAUGCCUCACUAAAAAUCAAAGGGGAAACAAAGCAAGAUGGAGAUGGAGAAGAGAAAGAAGGACAUUUCAAAAUGCCAAAAUUCAAACUUCCAUCCUUCAGUUGGUCACCAAAGAAGGAAUCAAGUGUUAAACCAGAUUCUGGAGCAACUUUAGAAGAUCAUAAACUUGCCAUAAUGUCAAGCACAGCAGAUGUAGAAGUGAAAGGAGCUGCAACUGAUGAUAAAGGUACCAGGCCAUCCCUUGAUCUGGAAGUAUCUGCAGGAAAAGUUGAACAAAAAAGUCCAAUAAAAAAAACUCAGUUUGCCAUGCCUAAAAUUUCUCUCUCCAAGAUCAAGGUUCCCAAAUCUCAGAGUUAUUCACCAAAAGUUGAAGCUGAUGCUACUACUCCUAAAACAGAAAAAGAGAGUGGUGAUUCAAUACAGAUACCUGAUAUAGAAAGAAGUCAUUCUGUAAGGACAGAGGAAGGGGCACAAAUAAGCAUAAAACUUGCUGAUGUUAAGAUCCCCAGUCUGGAGUUUUCCAAAAUAGAAACUGGAGCCCCUCAAAAUGAAAUGGGAGUCAGCUCAGCACAGAUUGAUGCUUCUCAGCCUCCCUCAGAGGCAAGUUUUCAACAGGCUGUUGUCCUAAAAUCAAGUUCUACCGAUGAAGAUACCAUUCAAAAAACAGGUAUGAAGUUCCCCAAAGGAGAAGCUGUGGGUGAAUUGAGAAGCCCUGAAAUAGUAACAGAAAGCUCAUUAGUUGUGGAUGGAAAAAAGAAUAAAUUGGAAGGUCCUGAAGGAAAGAUUAAAAUGCCCAAAUUCCAGAAGCCAAAGUUUGGAAUCUCCCUAACAAAAGGGAAAGGCCCAGAGACAGAGAUCAGGUCUCCAAAACCAGAAGCUGAGUUUCCCCAGCUGAAAAUGACAAAUGAAGUUGCCAAUAUUACUGUGGGAGUUCCAGCACCAGAACUCACAUCUGAUGUGUCAGAUUCUGGAGUAGGUACUUGCAAGAUAAAAGCACCCCAGUUUCUGACAGCUGGCAUUGAAGCUUCAGAGGUAGAUGUAAGCUCCCAAUCAGUGUCUAAACCAGUGACAGAGGGAGUUAUUGAGAGCCUUGAGGAGAAAGAAAUUGUAUUAAAAGAAGAACAUGAAAUAAAAGCUGAAGAAUUUCAGACUGAAGAACAUCAGGGAUGGUUUAAAAUGCCAAAAUUCAGAAUACCUGCAUUUGGCAGGACAUCCUCAAAGGAAAAAAAAAGUGAUGUUGAUAUUGAAAGAAGUACAGUAAAAGCUCAGCUAGGCAUUCCUUCUGCCAAAGUUCAAACUGAAACAAGUAUUCCUGAGAAAACCUUACCACGUACAGUUGCUGAAAUUACUAUUGAAAAACAAGAGAUUCCAAAAUCAGAUUCUGUGAAGAGUUCCAAUGUUAGCUCAUCAGUGGUGAAAAGUGGUAUUUCUGUAUCCACAGAAAGAACAGAUAUAGUGAAUAUUGCAAAGCCUGAAACUUAUGCAGAAGUAGUUAAGCAUGAUGCUGAAGGACAAAAAAAGCAUACUUCAGAAUUCACAGUGUCUUCAGCAGAAUUGUCUAAAUCAUACCUAAGUGCCUCAGAAAUUCACAAAGACGACAGUUUAACAAAUAGGUUUCCUCUGUGUACUCUGACUCUUCAAGAGCAUAAAGUCAAAUCACAGUAUACAGAAGUCCCAAAGAUAGAAUGUUCUACUAAGUCAGAGACUUCAGGAGUAAGACGUAAACUGUCAUCAGGUGAAAUUACUCUGGAUGCCACAGAGGAGAAAAUAGAUUCUAGUCUUCCAAAAGGAAAGCUGGAUAUUCAAAAUCAAGAGGCAGUAAUUAGAAAAGGAAAGGUAAAGGGUGAGAUGAAAAUUAUAGCAGAAGACAGUGAAGGAAGCCAGUUAAAAAUGCCUGCGAGUGAAUGGUCUACAAUGAAAGGAUCAGAAGAUGGUGGUUUUGUUACAGCUAAGAUGGAAGUUGUAAAGGUAGAAGUUUCAGGAGUGAAGAUGGAUGUUAAAAUGGCUAGAGUAGAUCCUGAAAAGAAAUUUCAAGUGAAAAGUGUUGAAAGGGACAAGUCUGCAAGUGUGAAAGUGCAAGUUGAAGAUAAAGCAGAAAGAAGUAAAAUUAAAACAUACAAGUUUAAGAUUCCAACGUUUGGGGUGUUGCAUUCAGAAGUGAAGGAUUUAGAAGAUGAUACAAAUUUGCAAAAUUUAGAAGCUGAUUCAGUAUCUAAGACUCAAAUAGGCACAGCAGAAACGCAGUUUCAAAAGUUAGAAGGAUCCAUCAGCCUGAGAAGUCCAUCCCUAGAUCACAUGGAAGCAUCUGCCAGAAUAACAGCGGAAACACUGGACAAAUCACAAGAUGGCCCAGAUGUAAACAUAAAUAUUCCCAAACUAAAAAUACCAAAAUUCACUUUCAAAGCCCUCCCAACUGAAGCUGAUAUUUCAGUGUCAAAAGUGGUAACAGAUCCAAAGGGAUCUAGUGCUGACAUUGAAGUAGUAAAACUGCAAGCAACCUCUGCUAUCCCUGAAGAAACACUAGAGGUUCUGGAGGGUGGUAUUCAGAAAGCAAAAAGCAAAAUUCUAACAUUGACUGAACCUGACAUCAAAACAGCACAGGUGACUACAAAUGCAAGGCAAGACAUUCACUGGUCAUAUGUAGAGGGCCAAGAAAUAAGUGAGAAAGUAGAACCUGAACAUGUUGCUAUUGAGAGGUGUGAAAUUUACACUACUGAAAUAUUGAAAGAAUCAGAGGUUCUCUCAUCAGAAGUCAAAACUGCUACUUUGGGGUUCUCAUUGAUCAAGGCAAAAUUGCCUGAGUCACAUAGCAACUUAGAAGUGCUAGUCCAGCAGCCAUCUCCAACAGAAGAUUUAACAGUGAGCAAGCCUAUAUGUGCUGAUGAAAACUUUGGAGUAGCAGCACAGACUGGCAGUGCUGAGCCUAAACUAUCUGACAAACCACACACUGAGGCUAAAGAAUUUAGUGGAGAAGUAAGCUUGCCAAAGUUAAAGGAAUUUGAUGUUGAAGUAAAGCUUUCCAGUAAAGUUGAAGAGAGUCUUCCUAAGGUACCAGAGGGAGUAACUGCAUCUCCUUUCUCUAAAGGUGAGGAUGUAGCUGAAGCACUAGAAGAUGAAGAAAAAGACAUAACUGAUGAAAAAGAAAAGACUGAUAGUAAAAGAUCUCCUGGAAGAUUCAAAUUUUGGCUUCCAAGUAUUGGCUUCUCAUCUUCUAGUGAUGAAACAAGCGUAAAUUCAAAAACAGAAGUGAAAAAAUCAGUUCCAGAAAAUGUGAAACCUGCUGACAUGCCAGAUAAUGAUUCUUCUAAGCCAGCUGAAAAAACUGGGUGGUUUAGGUUUCCCAAGCUUGGUUUCUCAUCUCCUACCAAAAAAGCCAAGACUGCUGACAGGGAAGAGGUGGAUCACAAAGAAGGAAGAAUCUCAGAUGAAGAUAGCCCAUCAGAUAAACCUGAUGUAUUUUUUGAUGCUCAAGAAAGCUUAUCACCUAAAGAAAUAACAGAGAGCAAAAGCAUUGAAACUGAUGGGGCUUCAUCUAGCAUUCCAGUUUCUCGAACUAUCGUGACAUCUUCAGCAAGAACUGAACUAAUCUUGUUGGAGGAAGAAAAAGAUAGUCAAUCUAAUAUUCCUGGAUUACCAGCCAAAUGAACGUUGUCUUUUCUCAUCCCUCAAUGAAAAUAAAUAACCUAGAUGUACAGAAAAGAAUGUUUUAUUAGUUUUCUAGUAACUGAAAAUUACACAAAACUCAAAGCUGAUAUUCAUGAAAGCAGCUGAACAGAAUGUAACACAUUUAAAUUUUCAAGUACCUGGAUGUGCUACAUAGUGCACUAAUAAAAAUACCAAUUUCUUCAAAUCUAUCCUGGAGGCAACAAUUACUAUAACUACAGAGGAGCCUGUAGUUCAACAAAUUCUGAAAAGGCAUCUGAACCGUGAAAGUAAACCACUGGAAGCCUUGAUGAUAGCAAAAAGUCUUGUCAAAUAGGCUUCUGAGAAACAUACUGAUUAUGUUUAUACAUUAUUUCCAGAAUGGAGUAUAGCCUAGCACUACGAGAACUAUACUUAACCUUUUUAGAUUUUGGACCUUUCUGACCUAUUUUUGUUUGGUUGGGUUGUUUUGGUUUUUGUUUGGUUU